CCUCCACCUCCGCAUCCCGACGCCUCGGCCUCGGAGGGCCACGCUUGCCCCGCCGCUCGUCUGCUGCUGGCUGGCCGACACCGGCCUAUCACUCCACCACCACUCACCACCCAUAGCCUCACCAUGGAUCCGACCAACCUGCCGAAGCGCACCACGCCGCACUGGUCGCUCUACCAGCGCCAAGCGUUCGACACCGGCGGCGCGCUCUUCUCCAGCCACCCCGACGAGGUCGAGGCGCUGGCACACGAGCGUCUCUCCGCCGGCGGCUGGUCGUAUGCCUCGUGCAACGCCGGCCUCGGCGACACGCACCGCGCCAACCGGCAGGCGUUCCAGCACUGGCGCAUCGUGCCGCGCAUGAUGGUAGACACCAAUGAGCGCGACACGACGACGGAGGUGUAUGGCAAGCGCCUCGCCGCGCCCCUCGCCUUCUCGCCCGUCGGCAUCAACAAAAUCUACCAUCCCGAGGGCGAGCUGCCCGUGGCGCGCGUGGCCGGCGAGCUGGGCCUGCCCUACUCGCUCUCGACGGCCGGCUCCUGCUCGAUUGAGGAUGCUGCAGCACACAACGACCAGGGUGCACAGCUGGGCAAGGAGCAGGACAGAGGCUCGGUCGACAGCAAGGGGCUGCGCUACUUCCAGCUCUAUCUGCCACACGACGACGAGCUCGCCACUUCGCUCUUGCAGCGUGCUGCCGACUCCGGCUACGACGCCUGCAUUUUCACCGUCGACACCUGGCAGCUGGGCUGGCGGCACGAGGACAUCCGCCUUGGCAACUACGGCUUCUACAAGGGCAUCGGCACCGAGCUGGGAGCGUCGGACCCCGUCUUCCGCCGCAAGCUUGAUGAGUGGGGCCUCGACCCUGUCAAGGACACGAAGGAGGUCGGACGCAAGUGGAUUGACUCGGUCUGGCACGGCAAGGCGUUUGACUGGUCAAAGCUGCCGUGGGUCAUUGCUGAAUGGAAGCGCGUCAGCGGCGGCAAGCCGUUCCUGCUGAAGGGCGUGCAGAGCGUGGCCGAUGCGCUGCGUGCCAAGGAGGCCGGCUGUGACGGCGCUGUGGUCAGCAACCAUGCUGGUCGCCAAGUCGACGGCGCGGUGGGCAGCCUCGAUGUGCUGCCAGAGAUCCGCGAGGCUGUGGGCGCUGACUGGACGCUGAUGUUCGACUCGGGCGUCCGCUCCGGCGCCGACAUCUUCAAGGCGAUCGCGCUCGGCGCAGACCUGGUCAUGAUCGGCCGCAUGUGGAUCUACGGCCUGAGCAUCAAGGGCGAGGAGGGCGUGCGGCAUGUGCUGCGCAGCCUGCUCGCCGAAUUCGACAUUCUAAUGAACGUCGCCGGCUUCCGCAGCAUCAAGGAGAUCGACCGCAGCGCGCUGCGCUACGUCGGCCCUGCCGGCGCGCAUCUGUGA